CCAGCAGUGCACUGAAGGAACCAAACAAGUUAAUCUGCUUGAAAAUGGUUUCUGAAGAUAUCGGAGUAAACCAGGAGGUGGCAUGACAGCCCCAAUAAAAGAGCAUUGUACAUGUGGUGGGGGUAUUCAAGCCAGAAAGUGAAGUAAUCCAGUUCGCGUUUGACCGGUUAAAUCAUAGCCACAAUUGCAUCACUUUUUAAUACACCGAAUAUGAAGCUGUUGGUCGCAGUAACGUGUUGGAUCGGCAUAGCUGCUGCUCUUGGCGAAGAUGGUGAUGAUGAUGAAGGUGGUGAGAUCGAGUCUCUGGCGGUUCCCGUGGGAGGAAACCUCACCAUCUCCAGUCUCUUGGGGAACCGGGAUGAAGACCCCCAGCUGCUGUUUUUUCGCCUCAGACUCGACUCCUCGCUGGAACUGAUGGCGCAGGUCAUCUGUUUUAACGGAGCCUGUAAACAGAAGUGCUGGGGACCCGGGGUUUCUCUCAUAUCGGACGGAGGGAACGUGACCUUGGUCCUAAUGCGUGUCGGCUACAACCAGACGGGGCUCUACAAGUUUCUCAAACACAGCAAGAGGCUCGAGAACAAGAUUUACAACGUGACCGUGUAUCAGCCCCCACUCAGUACCACCAUCCCGGAAGAAUCCUCUGCCGUGAACCGUGACUUUACUUCAGGAAAAACAGCAGUUACGGUGUGCGCAGCUUUAGUGAUCCUCGCUUUAGUGGUCUUCAUCGGCGCUGCCAUUUAUAGAAAACACACAGAAAGGACGCAUUUUUACGAAGUGCCCCAAGAGACGGACCUUGAAGCUCAGAAGGAGGCACAGAAUCAAAAUGUAGUUUCAGGCACUGAGGGACGUGACCUCUGCUGCUCAAGGCACUGAAGACGGAGCCAAAGGUUCAGUCCUGUUUCAUUUACAUCGGUAUAAAAAAAAAGACGGAGGGCGCUUCCUUCCACCAUAGGCAUCAAAGCCGAAUCAUCUCCGUGUGGAGAGGAAAUGACGUGGUUUGGAGGCCGAGUCGACGCAGUAUUGUCAUGAGGUGGAGCCGCGGUAUCAAACUCCUCCCAAACUCGCCAAACAACUACCGUAAAUGACUAAAAAAAUUGUAUUGGAAGUGUAGUUUUGACUCAAGUCCCAUUCGUUCACGCGGAGGGGGCGGGGUUUAUGACUCUCCCGGCCACCAGGGGGCGAUCAGAGAGCCGGCAGCUUCACUUUCCAGGACAUGUGAGACGCAGCCGGUAUAAAAGGCGAAAUAGCGGUUGCUUUCGUUUAUAGUCCAUUGCUUUAUUGUAGCUUUUAUGAUCUCUAAGUAAUAAGCUAAUUUAGUUUACUCUAACGUAACCUCCAGUGGAGAUUAAAGUAUCCGAAAAGCAUUUAUAUAUUCAUAAAACAUUUCGUAUUUGUAACAAAAAAUAACUUUGCACAUUAUCUAAUAUAAAUAUAACACAACAUUUGCACAAAUACUGGCCAUUUUCUCA